AUGGAGGAGGUUUCACAAAUCACAAUGAACAAAUACCGGAAGGCUCAGCAACAGAUCGAGGAAGCCGAGCACCGAGCUGACAUGGCGGAACGCACGAUGACUCUGCGAAGGACGGGCGGUCCCGGAGCUCGAGGGGGCUCUGUUGUCCGUGAGGUGACCACCUACUCAACCCGCACAAAUCGCGCCACCAGCAUCAUGUAG